UCGCAUACAGCCCAAAGAAGAUGGCGUCCGACACAUCCUUUUGGAUAAAGUUUUUCACAGAAUGUGGAAUACCAGCUGGAGAUGCAACCAGCUAUGCCAUCAUCUUCACAGACAACAGGAUUCAGAAGGACAUGUUGAUGGAUCUGACAAAAGAAUACCUCAAAGACAUGGGAAUCACAGUGCUGGGAGAUGUCAUUGGGAUCCUGAAGCAUGCAAAGGAAGUCCAUUCACAGAAUGCACGUGACAAAGUUCUGAAGGGUUCUGGAGUGGUCAGGACUUCUUCACCAGUUCCUAAAAGGUCAACAGCUGCAAGCAGAACAGUCAACCAUUACCUUGGUAGUGAUCCAGAUGCUGCCCCGAUGAGUCUGCCAAUUGUGCCUAAGUUGUCCAAGGAGCUAUCAGCACGACUAGGUGAAGUACCUCAAACAGAAUCUCCAAAAUCAAAUAAUAAUGUUGUAAAGAUUAAUAAACGAACCGCAGAAGAAGUUCCUGUCCCAAAGUCUCGUCGUGUUUUACCGGAACAUGAGGGAAGAUAUAAAAUUACCAUGCCAGCUGGUACUACCCCCAAAACUCAGAAAAUUUUACAACAAACAGAAAGAAGGAAGUUUAAUGUCUUUGACAGACUUGGUGAAGAAUCCGGUACAAAAGCUUCCACAGAUACCCCACCCUCCGUAUUCAAUCGACUCGGUGGAAAGACGGCACUGAAACGAUCGGCCACUUCAACAUCCAUAGACUUAGACACAAGUUCUGCUGAUCCUCCUCUGGAGUAUGCUGGCAUCUUAAAGUCAUCCCCUUCUCCUGUCAAAAAAACUAAAAUCACUAUCACCAACAACAAGAAGUACGCAUCUUUGGGGAAGAUCACCAUAUCCAACAAAACUGUGACAAGUGCUGCCGGUAAAAUUCAGCAAAAAACAGUUACAACCAAAAAACUGCUUCUGGCCAAAACAAGAGUGAAUUCAAAUCCAACAUCAUCAUCAGCAGCAAUGGACAAAGCUGCAGAAAGUAUGAGCAUCAGACAGAGGCUGGGAAAAAAGAUCAGCCUUCCGGUGGUAUCUAGCACCACUGACGACAUGGAUACCCCCAAAGUCAAAACGGGCAUCACAAAAGGACGAGGAGGGCAGAAAUCUGAAGUUACCUCAAGCAGUGGGGUGUUCAGCAGACUGGGAAAAGUGGUGUAACUCGGAGAUUUAGCAGAGGGUAUUUCAAAUGCACAGUAAGGGGUCUUACAGGAGUGAAAUCUAAAUGUAUAAGCUGUCUCCCAAACAGAAUAGAGCUUGAAGACUUGUAGCAGAGUCAAAGUUCCUCAAGAGGGCAUUAUUAGUGUGGAAAGAUGUAAUGUCUACAAGAGAAUGGAUGUACUGUAUAUAUAAACCUAGGUUGUUUUAUGAUGUUUAUUAUAAAAAUAGGUUUAGGUAAAACCGAUACAUGAUCAUGAAUUUGUCAAUGUGUGACAUUACAUUGAUGUUAUUCAUUUAUUUCAUUGCUCAUGAUGUAUAUUUCUAUGACAAUGAUGUUUGAACUUAAAAUGAUGGCAAUGAUGUAAACAUCCCACAUGAAAUUUAUUGUAUAACGAAAUCUGUAAAAUGUGAUGAAAAUGGUACAUCAUUUUGUCAUGAAUAGUUCUAUUUUUUACAGCUUUGUUUUCAGGUUGUUUUGUGAAUAAAGCAGGUUUCCUUUUAGUGGGAAAAUAAGAUUUGUUAAAUACAUUUUCCCCCUCAAUAUGUUACUUGUUACACAGAAUUGUUUUGUCCUGGAUCAGUGUCUAUAACUAAAGGGUGGCCCCUAUCGUUUUUAUUGGUAAAAAGUCCAAGCUCAUCAGGUCACAAUGUAACAAAUGGUUUCCAGAUGAUAUAUUGAAUACUAUUGGAGAUUCUGAGAUAUAAUUUCACAUGAAUGAUCCUUAUUCAGUAAAGGUCAAAAGUUAAGUUUGUAAUAAUUUUCAGAUAAUAACACUGAUUAAUGGGUGUUUUUUUUGUUUUGUUUUGUUUUUUUGCUUUUGAGAUCUGAAAGUCAAGGUCACAGCUCACAAAUCUGUUUGUGAUAAAUUGGUUAUUGAAUGAAAUUUGCUUAAGAAAUAAAAUGCACAAUUCCAUUGUUCUAAUGUGACUUAACUUUAGGGCUGUUAUCACACCCACCCUUUUACAUUUUGCGAUUUUUUUGCUCUCUGUUCAAAGAUACAGUAAACUGUCCAAAGGUGGAUAAACACUGGAUACAUAAACUGAGGACCAUUUAUGUAAAGAGAUUUUGCUCCACGAGUAAAUCAACUACAAAGAUUGAUGGAUCAAUUACCUAUAACAACAUUAAAAAUUUCAGGGUAAAUAUAGUAUUGCAAUCCAACUGCAUUGAAUUUUGUCAUUUUUUUCUACAUCUUGUAUUAAGUAACUUUAUAAUAUAAAAAUCCUAAUAAAUAUACUUAAAAUAU